CAAUCUCCGCAAAGGUGGCAUCCAAUAAACAAAAAUGCCUACUACACGAUCAACAUCAGGUGCAAAGAAUGGCAAUAGAGCCGUAUCCAACGUCAAGAGAUCUAGACCUGUAGAAGAAGAGAAAGGAAGGAUAAAUAAGAAAGCAAAAGUAAGCAAACCUGCAACAAAAACACAAGCAAAAGAAUCUUCAAAGAGCACAACUGUACCAUCAAAAGAUACAAAGAAGACAAGACCUACAGCUAUCAGUGUGAUUGAUGCAGCAGAAGAAAAGGAAGAUAGCGAUGAAGACGAUAUGAUUGCUCUAGAUGCAGGGGAUGAUGAUGAUGAAGAAGAAGAAGAAGAAGAAGAAGAAGAGGUAGAAACUGAUAGUGAAGCAGAAGACGCAGAAGACGACGAUGCAGCUAUCCUAGCAGGGUUCUCCGACGUAGACGGAGCAGAUUCAUCCGACGAAGAUGAAGACGAUGACAAAGAGACAAAACAAGGCACAAUCAGCGCAUCUGGCGUGGUGAAAUUACCGAGCAGUAAAGAUGAUGCAGUGGUGAAAGCAAGAUUGGAAAAAGUGAACAAAAAGAGAAAAGAAAGCGGUCAAGCAGGUAAACCUAUCGUUCUUUAUUUCGGAAGAGUACCAAAAACUAUGCCUGAAAGUGCAUUACGAUCAUAUUUGGACCAAUUCGGAAACGUGAAACGGUUAAGAUUGGCACGUAACAAAAAGACUGGAGCAACAAAACAUUAUGCUUUCGUCGAAUUUGAAGAUGAAGAAGUUGGAAAGAUUGUUUGUGAGACAAUGCACAAUUACCUAUUAGAAGGAAGGUUGUUGCAAGUGCACAUUGUCCCCAAGGAAAAACAACAUCCUAGCCUUUGGGUAGGUGCAAAUCGCACCUACCGCAAGAUUCCAGCCGACAGAAAGUUCCGUGUUUCUCAUAAUAAAGCACGAACACAAGAACAAAAAGAGAGAGCAGAGACAAAGUUACUGCAACGACAAGAAAAGCGCAGAAAGCGAAUCAAACAACAAGGAAUCGAUUACGAUUUCGAAGGUUAUACCAAAGCAUGAUUUCUCUCUUUAUACAAACACUCAUUUAUAUCUUCAUCUGUUGUUUUAUUGUACAAUUGCAUUCAUUCCGGUAUAUGCUAUGAAGAUAGGAGGCCAUUAAAAGUUGUAGAUUGGCAAGAGAUGACUAGGGUUAAACGAC